AUGACCGGAAAUAAACGUUCUUCCGCUGGACUUGAUGAUUUGUCCAAAACUACUAUGUACCGCUCCGAGGUGUGCUCGAAAAUUCUCAAUAAUCCGAAUCUCAUCGACAAAUUCGUACUAAUUAUUUUACCCAAUUACUUUUAUGACUACGAAGCUGUGCAAAGUGAUUUAAUAUCGCAUAAAUUUGGAAUAAUCGCGAAGGAUGUAAAAAAUCUGAAAUCAAAAGAUAUAAUGGCGUGGAAAAGCGCAGAAUUAGAAUCUCAGGAUAUCUGGGAAUUUGCCGAUAAACUGGCUGACGGACCUUCAAUGAUUUUUUUAUGCCAACGGGCGAACGCUUUCGAGGGAAUUGCGGAAAUUGCAAGUUUUCACAAUGAAAUUGCCCAAAGAACAAAUCAUGCAGACGCAUUGUAUUUUUCAAAAAAUACUCUUGCUGCUUAUCAGGAUAUUCAUUUUUUCUUUCCAAAAUACGCCAACGAAAAAGAGGUAAUUGAGCACGCGAAAAACUAUUUGAGCUCUGAAGUCUGGCCGAAACUAAGUGAAGGAUUGGCAAGAGUGGCCGUCGAACGCCCCGAUAAUCCAAUUAAAUGGCUGGCAAACUACCUUGAAUCCAUCCGAUAA